AAAUUAUUGUUCAAAACUUUCAAAUGGAUCAGCUUUCCAUCUAUGGUUCGCCACAUUUUUCUUAUUGGCCACAGAAUAUGCCCGACACCGUCGAUCGCGAUUAUCACGAUCUGUGGCGACAAUCGAUGCCUAAACAAUCGGGAGUUGUGACCAACACUGGCACCGAUGAUGAUGACGACAACAACAAUAAUAAGUUUGUCAUACAGUUAGACGUCAGUAAAUAUAAACCCGACGAGAUUGAGGUCAAAACAGUUGGCUCGUGUGUGCAAAUUCAUUGCAAACACAACCGAAAUAAUAGUAACAGCAAAAAGUCGGACCACAGAUGGCCAGACGUACGUGAGUUCAACCGCCGCUACGCUCUGCCCGAUGGCUACUAUCCCGAGAACGUAGUGUCCAGUCUUUUACCGAACGGUUGGCUGAUUAUUGAGGCCAACAAACAGCUGAAACAACCGUCAGUUUUGGUAGCGGAACGAACGGUUCCCAUCAAAUAUUAUUGACCAAUCAUUUAACUAUUGAAAACCAUUUUUUUACUAA